UGGAAUACCGAGUAAGACUUGGACUGAGUUACACGACCGCUGACCUAAGUACUGAGUGCUCAGUUAAUCGCAGUAAAAACAAAGAUGGCUGAAAGGAAGGCUGUGAAUAAGUAUUAUCCCCCGGACUGGGAUCCACGAAAGGAGGGAUCUGUCAACAAACGUGUUGGCCAGCAUCCACUCAGAGAAAGAGCAAAAAAGCUGAAACAGGGGAUCCUUGUUAUACGGUUUGAGCUUCCAUACAAUAUCUGGUGUGGCGGCUGUGGUAACCAUGUUGGGAUGGGUGUGCGAUAUAACGCUGAGAAAAAGAAAGUGGGAAACUACUACUCAACGCCCAUUUACAGAUUCAGAAUGAAAUGUCAUCUUUGUGAUAAUUACUUCGAAAUAGAAACAGACCCUAAGAAUUGUGAAUAUAACAUAGUUAGUGGUGCAAGAAGAAAAGAGGAGAGAUGGGAGCCUUCUGCGACAGAGACAGUGGAAAUGACAGAUCAUGAGGAUAAGAAAAGAAUGGCCAUUGAUGCCAUGUUUAAGCUUGAGCAUGGAGUAGAAGAUGCUCAAAAAUCAAAGAAGGCAGCCCCAGUUCUCCACCAGUUACAGGAAGUGCAGAGUGUCUGGAAAGAUGAUUAUGCAGCUAACCAGAUUCUCAGAAAAAAGUUCCGAGAAGAGAAGAAAGACAUAAAGGCCCAGAAGGAUGCAGAUGCUGAACUAGCACAGCGUGGCUCCUUGGACAUAUCACUCGUACCUGAGAGACUAGAGGACAUAGAGCAAGCCAGGAGAAUGAGAUAUCACAAUGAAGGCUAUGAAGGUCACCGCAGAAGAAAAAUAAUGGAGAUCAAAUCAAAGCCGUUCUUAUCCAACCAAAGUACUGAUACAAACAAGCCAUCCCUGAUGGAGAAGAGGAGACAAAUAGACUCUGCAUUUCUGUCACCGCGCAAGGAAAAGACAAAAGCUCUGAAUAAACUUGGCAUCGUGGUGAAACCAAGAACACCCUCCCUUGACUCUAACGGGGAGGAAACUUGUACAAGUACAAAUGCAUUAAACGGUGAACAGCGUUUAGUGGAUACCACGAACACAAAUCACGACACUGAAACGACUGAUAGACAAGAAGAAAGAAACCCUAAUUACAAAUCUCAUAAGAAUACGGACAAUACUCAGGGAGAUUUCGAGAAAGUGGUAGGAAAUGAGCUGUUGUCUCCAGCUCGUUCUGGGCCUAAGUCUUCCGGUAUUAGACUGUCAGUUGGAGAGACUGGGCCUGAGAUAUAUGAAGGCAAUAUUGAUGUAACUACGAGGGACAUAGAUUGUUCAAGCUUUUCUCGCAAGGCUGUGUUAGGACUGAUAUAUUCGGACUCGAGUGAAAGUGCAGACGAUAGUGAUGAUAGCUAGUGGUCUGUACUAGGGCUUGAAGAGUCCUUCAGUUUUUUUUAUUACAUUUUGGAAGACCAACUGGGUGAACAAAUCUCGAAAUAAAGUUUAAUCUACACGAGCAAUUUUUAGCUGACAAUUAUAUAAUUGACCGUAUAUAUUCGCCAGCAAAUAGUUGUCGGUAUGCAGUGAGAGAGACUGGAAAGUAAUGUUGUGACGUCCAAUAGUUGUCAAUCUUUACUUGUUGGCGUCUACACAAGCAAUUUUCAAUGCGUGACAAUUUUUUAUUCCCGAGAAAAAGCAAAUCUGCUAGCUUUUGAACAACUUAUAAUGGCCACAUAAAAAUUGCUGACUUUGAACAAUUAACACGGGCAAAUGAACAAAUAAUUGCUGGCCUAGCUACACGACAAACUAUAGUUGUUAAUUGUCAGCUAAAAAAAUACUCGUAUAGACGGGGCUUGGCACUCUAAAUAGAACAAAAUAUCAAAUAUAUAUACUCCUUUUACCAAAUUAGGUAUAUAAAAUGGAUGAUAAAAUUGAGGCUGACAGCAGGUGAUUAAAUUGUAGAACCUCGAUAAGUCGAACUAAGUAGGAAAACAAAAAUCAAUCAACGGGUUUCAUUAAAAAACUCAUUGCGCGCGUGAUGGGAUCUGCAUGAAAAGAUUAAUUUAUUGAUAUAAUAUAUCAAAAUAAACAUAAAUAAAAAUCAAUAUCGAACUGCCAA